AUGCGUGAGGUGAGGCAGAAGAGGCUGAAGGCGACGUGUGAGUUUGGUGAGGCGGAGACAGUUUGGUGGAGGGCGCUGUUUGUCUCUCUAGUUUUCGAGUUCUUUGGGGUUAAUAAUGAGCUUUUGAUGCAAAACCACCAGUUCCGUCCCACUGGAUCUGUACCAUUCCCAGAAGCGAAUGUGUCAUCAUUUCACGGUCAUGGACGUAGACGUGGAUGCGGACAUCGUGGUGGUAGCAAUAAAAAUAAUUAUAAUAAUCGUGGUGGUCAUAAUUCCUCAUUGGUUCCCAGAAGGAACUCCACACCGUCCCACCAGGAGUGGAAUUCAAAUGUGACCAAGCAGGCAAAAGAAAAAGCUUUGCAGAACAAAGCUCUUGAGAUAUAUGAUGACAAGCCUUGCUAUAGAUGUGGAAUGAAAGGUCAUUGGUCGCGUACCUGUCGUACGCCCAAAUAUCUAGUUGAUCUUUACCGUGCCUCAAUGAAUGAUAAGGGAAAAGGAAAAGAAAUUGAAAUGAAUUUUAUGAAUGACGACUUAACAAUUGAUAUUACUCACUUUGAUGUUUCUGACUUCUUUACUGAUACUAGUGGUAGUGGUGAUCAUUUGAUUGGUGAUGGAAAUGUCCAUACUAAUUAA